AUGCCGGUUGAAAAAGAUUUAAAAGUGGCCUACAAAACCCUCUACGAUGACAAAGAACCGUUGAAGGCCCUUCACCUUUAUGAUGAAAUUCUGAAGGAUUGUCCCAUAAACUUAACAGCUCUCAUUUACAAAGCGGCAUGUCUCGAAAAACUGUAUUUUGGAUUCUCUGAUUGGCACAGCGAUGCAACUAUGGAAAAUGCAAGAGUUCUCUUAGACAGGGCUUUAACAACGGCCGAAGGUAGAGGUGAUCGGUCGAAAAUUGCUCUUGUUAACUUUCGCUAUUUUGUUCAUUUCUUCAAUAACAAGCGUUACGAACAAGCACAUGCAUAUUUUAAGAAAGCCAAACAAUUUGGUUAUGUUGAUGAUACCCUUCCUUUGUGGGAAAGUCGUCUAGAGACUAAAUUGAAGAAAAAAAGCAAAGCGCAAAAGAGGCCAACUGUCAAGGAUAUAAUUUCGCCAGUGAAAGGUUUUGAAGAUAAUAAAGGACACGACUUUCCUCUCCAUAACAGCCAUAUUUUUUCCUCUGGAAGUGAGGCUGCUUCGCAAAAAUUACCUGAAUUUAGAGCCGACUGGUACCAAUCCAGCACCUCAGUUACCAUAUCUCUAUUUACUGCUAAUCUUCCUGAUUCUAAAGACAAGGUUAAUAUAGAAAUUUCCCCAAAAGAUAGAAGAACACUAUCAGUAUCCUACAAAGUACCGAAAACCGGUUCUGAAUUUCAAUACAAUGCCAAACUUUUGCACGAGAUAAACUUACAACCAGCCUCAUUUAAUAUUUUUUCAAAAAAACUGGAAAUUACUGUAAGCAAAGUAGAUAAUGUACAAUGGAAGAGUUUAGAAGGGGAUACUUCAACGGUAACUUCAAAGUCACCUGAGCUAAGUCAUAAUGCGGAUCCUUCUACAUGUAACUUGGGAGCGGAACCAAGCUCCAAAGAGAAACUAUCUUAUCCAUCGUCUUCCAAAAAAAAAAUAGAUUGGUCUAACCUUGAUAUCGAUGAAGACGCUGAUGAAGAAGAUGCGGGAUCAGCAGAUGCUUUCUUCCAAAAAAUUUACGCCGGAGCGGAUCCAGACACUAAAAGAGCUAUGAUGAAGUCUUUCAUAGAAAGCAACGGUACUUCACUGAGUACAGACUGGGAUGAUGUAUCUAAGAAGACGGUCAAAACCUCACCGCCAGAAGGUAUGGAACCUAGGCAUUGGUGA